GGAAAGAUCUCCCUCUGUUCGGUCCGCUACACAGUUCGUGGGUUGUAGGUCACAUCAUCACACUCGGUUCCCUGGUUACGUUUCUUGCCCAAACGGUGCAUCGUUCAGCGCGGAGAAAACUUUCCUCCGGUCCCAAUUCCAGUCAAAAUUAUCCCGGCACAGCAGGAAAUGCUUCCGGAAUUGUUUGUGUUCUGAAAAAAUAUGCUCCAAAAAAGUGCCCGUCCCGGUUACAAGCGAGUGAUCAAAAAGACGGCCCUGGUGCUGCUUGCAGCGGAAGCGAUUGCCUUCGGUGUUUCCUACGCGGGGUGGUAUCGACUCAACACUGACAGAGAAUUCCGACAUUACGUAAAGGAGAACUAUCCGACGAUCUUGGAGGGCUACUACCAAGUAGGCGAGGUUUUCAGCAAGGACAACACGAUUCGCAACGUGGACGAGCAGAUUUGGGCACAGGAGCGAGCAUCGAGUGUGGGUGGCAGCAGCAAACCAUGAAUGUUAUCAUCAAAUCCGUAGUCUAUCUAGUAGCGUUCGGUGGCGCCGGGUACGUCCUGUCCGAGAUUACCAAACCGAGCAAGGAGAAAAUUGAUUUAUUGAAGCGGCAGCAUCAGCACGCAGGGACCACUGCAUCGGAAGCUUCCAGCAAGAAAGC